AUGCAGACGAUAGUACAGUGCAUGGGGGUUACGGACCACGGACGUGCAGUAACCGGGCGGGCCGAAACUGAGGAGAAGCGGAGGGAUCUUGUUGUUGAACUCGAUAGGACGUUAGAGUUCAUUACCAAAUGGGGUUCUGAUAAUCUUGUCGAGUUUAAUGCCAAGAAUACGCAGGUAUGCGCCUUCACAACGAAAAAGACACCAUUUUCACUUGUUGCUUCCCUCAGUGGCACUACGCUAGUGAUACAAAGCCAAAUUGCCGUACUAGGUAUCGACGUUCGCUCUGACCGUAAUCCAAGGGAUUAUAUCGAGGCUGUUAUCAAUACUGUUUCACGGAAACUCGGGGUCCUGAACAAGGUACGGCGUUUUUUCACGCCACAACAACUGCUCCUGCUGUACAAUACGCAGGUGCGAUCUUGCGUUAAAUAUUGCUCGCACCUCUGGGAUGGCUCCGCUAAGUACUUAAUGGAAGCCUUGGAUCGGUUGCAGCGACGUGCGAUCCGCAUUAUUGGCGACGUAGAGGUCACAAACACCCUCGAACCUUUACGCUUGCGUCGAGAAAUAGCAGCGCUGAGCGUUUUCUAUCGACUGUAUCACGGCGAGUGCUCUGAGGAAUUAUUCUCUUUAAUUCCUGCUUCCCCUUUCCUUCACAGAUCUACGCGUACUGGCUCGCGAUGUCACCGCCUAACUGUGACAUCGAUUCCAUCGCGAACAAAGAAAUUUGGCAACUCUUUUCUUUGUCGCACCGCCAAAAAAUGGCAGCACUCUUUACCAGCACACGUGUUCCCCUCCUCUUAUAACCUGGGUGCCUUCAAACGAGGCGUGAAGAGGCAUCUUGCGGACUGGCAUGGCGAGGGUGACUUGUGCAGCUCAUUCUAG